AUGGAUUCCAGUGUUUCAGCGUCUGCCUGCGUGGGCUGGGCGGUCGGGUUCUCAGACUCUGCAGAGAUGCUGGAUCAGGUGGUUGCCCUCGCUGCUGUGUCCAUACUGGCUGUCCUGGAGCAAGUGUGUUCAGCUUAUUUCUCCUUCCAAGUGAUUUAUGCCAGGAGGAAGUAUGCUGUGUCUCCGCCCUCCACUGCCGGCCCACCAGAGUUUGAGAGGAUUCGCAGUGCCCAAAUGAACUGUUCCGAGUACUUUCCCAUCUUCCUGGUCCUCCUGUGGACGGCCGGAGUCUUCUUCAGCCAAGGUGCAUCGUCGUGCUGUGGUUUGCUGUAUUUAUAUGGACGCCUCCUUUACUUCAGACACUACUCAGAGUCAGCACAGGGACGCCUGGCGCCCCUCUACUUCACUGCCCGCGUUCUCUGGCUUCUCAUUGGCUUUUCCACUCUCGGCGUUUUCUCCUCGUUCUGCCGCCUCUACCUGAACCUGGACCUCCUGGAGGUGCUGGUGUCCACCCUCUGAACCAGCAGGACAAGUGGGAGAAAAAGAAACUGAACUGUGAGGUUA